AUGUCGUCGUGGGUUAUUUCCCCGAGCGGCAGAAGACCCCAACCCAAUCCAAAUGGAGGGGUCCAACCUCUACGGUCUUUCCGAAGACCAGCACCAUACCCGGUUAGAGAGGAGAGGACGGAGGACCACAACAAGGAUGCAGAAAGUUAUGAAGAGGUCUUAGACCAACAACAUUACAGUGGUCCAAUGAAAUAUGAAGGCUAUCAACAGAAUGCAUCAGAUGUUUACAAGCCUCCAGCCGACCAGCGCAAUACUCUAUACCAGCGCUUUUACAGACAGAUCCAGGAAGCGAGAAGAGCUGCAGACUGUGUAGUCCUGUCUGUAAGCAACCAGUCCACGGAUUACCCCAAAUCGCUAGGCCAGUGUUUGCAGGAGCGUGGCCUGUCUGUGGAAAUGCUCUACCUGCAGGUGGAGUCUGGCCUGACCCGGGCCCUGCAGGACGUGCGCGGCCUCGGCUCCCCCUUAUGUAUACUCGUGGAGCAGACUAAUGUAGCACUCUCCUCCUGCACGGUUAUCAUAUUUUCAGAGUCCCUCAAAAUCCACCGGAACAUGCCAAAGGAGCAGGCCAUGGACUUUGUCAUAGCGGAAUACAGCCGAGGACUCGGGGAGCGUGCUCAGAAGGACCCGACGGAGAUGGCGGCCCGGGCGUCCGAGCUGGCGGAUGACCUCCUGGAGAGAGAGAAGAUGGAGAGGCACGCUGUACCGGCAGAGACGCGCCAGCUGCUCCUCUUCCUGGCCGAGGGCGUGCACCUCUACUCCGAAGAGCUGGGAACCAUUGCUGAGUACCUCCGCUCCCGCCAGGACCAUUCACAAGCGACCUCCUCAGAGACGGAGGACGGAGCCCACCCUGAGAGGAGGAAGAUUCUGCCCCCUGGCCUGGGAAAGCCCCCUCCCCUGCUGCCCACCCCCUCCGGUCCUCCCCCCCCCCAGGUGGCCAUAGGAGACCACCCACAGCCCACCCCCCUCAUGGCCCCCCCAGGCUCCUACCCCAAGACCAAGCCCCCACCACUAUUGUCCAUGCACAGGGCCAACCACGGCCCCACGGCCCCCCACGGCCCCCCUGCCCCACGUGGACCCCUUCCUCCUCGGGGCUCUCCCUUGCAUUGCCCCUCCUCUCGGGGGCCACCCCCACACCACCAUGGCCCCCCUCCCUCUCGUGGUCCGCCACCCCCCCGAGGUCUGCUCCUACAGAGUGGCCCCCCACACAGCCUCAUGGCUCCCAGGGGCCCCAUGUCUCCCCACCCCCCCAGAGGAGCCCCUCCAUCCCUGAAGAGCCUUCACAUGGGGGGGCCACAACCCGGCCUGCUGCCAUGUCCAGGCAUGUUCCCCGGCUGUUUACGUCUGCUGGUCCUGAUGGCAGGCCUCCGUCUGCAGCUGUGAGGAAUCCAUCAACUCUGGGAGUAAUGGAGGCUGUUUAUGCUCGGCUUCCCCAGCUGGGAGAUGCUGAUUGGAGGGUAGCUGUGUGGGAGAAAGGAGAAAAACAAGCGCUUUCCAGCAGACCCAUACCCAGACAGACAGACACAUGGGUGGAUGAGUCAGACAGACACAUGGAUUUAGAAAUUAGACACAUGGACGCAUCAAUCAUCAUGUUCACCCAUCUCUUCUUACUCUCAGUAUGUCAGAAUGGUGAACCAGGUGAAGAUAUAGAAACAUUCCAGUAUAGAAUAGACGCCCCAUCUCACCCACCCCUACACUCCAGCUGACUCUCCUGUGCUCCCGUCACAACUGGAUAUCAAUCAAAAAGUAGCACUAUGACUAUUCCUAGUGUCACUGUGUCAGAAUUCACAGGAUUUGUGGUGGGUCUUAUUAAUGGGAUAUGUUUCUCUGUUACUUUCACCUCUUGCUGGGUCUAUGUCUGCAGCUGGGAGUGUUAGCUUCAUUAGAAUCUUACUUCUGCUCUUCUCUGUCUCUCUCUCACACACACUCAUACACACAAACACACACACAUACACAAUACAUCACACACUGACUGUGCCACACAUUAUUCUACUUGCUGAUGCACACUCAAAUACCCUAAUAUACAUUGCCACACACUACCCAGAAGACGUGUGACAGCCAGGCAUGUUGAUAAUUAGAGAGCUGUUAUUGAACUGUGUUAUCACAACAAUUAACACUCAGAUGUGUGGUUAAAGGGGGUGGAGGUUUAGGGGUGUGUGUGAGUGUAGCUUUGUGUGGGUUUGUGCUCCCAUGACCUUUCACUGGGUCUUUCCAAGUAAGCUGAUUUGCUGUAUACAUAUUUAGAUAACGGUGUUCUCAAAUGUUAAUGAACAAAGAUGGUUCUAUCAUAUAAAGGUAGUUUUACCACAUGGUUUUACACAAACGUGUAAAUGCACCAUCCCUCUUUCUCCUUGACGCCAUGUCACACUUUGUGUGUGUGUGUGUGUGUUGUAGUUCUCGUCGUCAGCAGACGUUUCCUGAGGAAAGCCCAGGGUGCCGUGUCAACUCUCCCUCUUCCUUUUCAUUCUGCUCUGCCAGCACUACCUUUGUCUCCCAACAGCUAGAGUACACACACCCUGAUGAAGUUUGGGCCUUCUAACAGCAAAUUCAACAUCUUGACCUAGGAAACUAAUCUAGCACACUUUAUUCAAUAGUUUUAUUGUCUGGUGAUGGAUUGUCCUCCAGAAAGAGAGGACUUGCAGCUCUAAAGUACAAUAUACUGUCACUGUAUACAGAACAGUUGUGAACAGUUGUAGAACAGUUGUGCUCAAAAUACAGACGCCAACACGGACAAAACACAGACUCAAACAGACACGCGCACAGACACACACAUGUACAUGCAACACACACAUCAGAGACAAGAUACAGUAUAUUCUUCGGGACAAACUUCUCGCUCCCUCCUCAGUCUGUUUGGCAAAGUCCAUCAUUCUUUUCCCUUUCAUUCUCUCUUUAGUUCCCUGCUUUCUUCCCCAAACUUGGCAGGCUCUGGGCUCCUGGGCCCUCCAGACCCAUGCAGCCCUGCAUCCACAGAGGCCCCUCAGCUCCACCAGCUUUAAUUGGGUUAAGUUUGUCCGCCACAGAUAACAUUUCUCUUUCUGUUGAGAAUAAAACAAAUUGCUGGCACUAAUGGCACUGUUUAAUGUAGCUCUUUCUAUUAUGGAUGGAGGAAAUUAGGAGCGGGUUCCCUACAGAGAGCCCUCGUCGGGGGAGAAAGGGCAUUGUUGCUGCUCCUAAGAAAAAGCCCUUUUCCACCGGAAUGCUGACACACUGCCUCUGCCUCUGCUUAACUGCUGCACGCCAGGCCGGACCCUGUUAUUCAUACACACAUUCUCAAGAUCAUGCAUAUGCAGAUGCACACAAUCACACACACAAUAA